UACUAGUUUAUGAUGAAGUAUCGAUAAUACCGUAAAAGUUCUAAAUCAAUAUAAAAUUAGGGGUGAUUUUGAUCAAUUUGAUUGUUUUUCACACAAAAAAAAAAAAAAGGCUGCCAACUAUGACCAUCAAAGUUAGUUCCAUGGGGACAUCUUGAUGGUCACCCUAAACACCAAUGGUGGAAGGGCCCGGCUGUUACUUAUAGCCGAACGGAAAUCUCACUCUGAUCCUGGUAAGCAACUUAUUUCUAUUAUAAUUUGAGGUUGGCUGCUAUAUCAGCAUUGGUGAUAUGGUUCUACUCAUUAUAUUUUAUUUAUACCAAGCAUUGUGUUGAACGAUUUUUACCUGGUUUCUCUGAUACAAAAGCUGAAACAUUUGUCAGAUGUUCAUUAGUUGCGGCUUUUUCAGUGGAUUCCGAGGUGCUCCGGUUGCUUUGACCUUUCACCCCACUUCCCAUAUCUACCAUGGCGUGGUUUCCAAGUGCAAGAUCCUUCAUGGCAGGUAUUUAGCAACACCGUGGUUAUCAAGUCCUCAUUUUCAGACUGCUUUUCUCAAUUUCUUCGGGAAUCCUCCUGCUUUCAGCUACCGCAGACAACUUUUUCAUGCUUCUGAUGGUGGAACCAUAGCUCUAGAUUGGCUUACAAGUUCUGAUAUUUCAAGAGGUGCCUUUGAAGUGAAUCAUACUAUCUCCAAGGAUGACACUACACCUUUGGUGGUUGUCAUUCCUGGCUUAACAAGUGAUUCUACUUCUUCAUACAUUAAGCACCUUGCAUUUGGAUUGGCAACACAUGGAUGGAAUGUUGUAGUUAGCAACCACCGAGGACUGGGUGGUGUUUCAAUUACUUCUGAUUGCUUUUAUAAUGCUGGCUGGACAGAGGAUGCCCGAGUCGUCAUUGAUUAUCUUCAUCAUCAGUAUCCAAAGGCUCCUUUAUUUGCUAUUGGAACUAGCAUUGGUGCCAACAUUCUGGUGAAAUAUCUUGGAGAGGAUAGAGAGAAAGUACCAGUAGCUGGAGCAGUGGCUAUUUGCUCCCCAUGGGACCUUUUGAUUGGUGAUAGGUUUAUAUGCCGCAGGCUACUUCAGAAGUUAUAUGAUAGAGCCCUUACAAUUGGCCUUCAAGGUUAUGCAAAAUUGCAUGAGCCUCGCUAUUCUCGGUUGGCUAAUUGGGAAGGAAUAAAAAAGUCACGUUCAAUUCGAGAUUUUGACAACUUCGCUACUUGCCUUGUUGGAAAAUUUGAGACUGUGGAUACAUACUAUAGGCGUUCUACCAGCACUCCUUAUGUGUUAAAUGUGUCAGUGCCAUUGCUCUGUAUCAGUGCUCUAGAUGAUCCGGUCUGUACGAGAGAAGCAAUUCCUUGGGAUGAAUGCAGGGCAAAUAAAAAUAUUGUGUUGGCCACCAUAAAACAUGGAGGACAUCUUGCAUUUUUUGAGGGAAUAACUGGAUCUAGACUAUGGUGGGUGAGGGCCACUGACGAAUUUAUUGGUGUCCUACACUCUAGUUCACAUAUGCACAAAAAGAAGACUGAGAUUACAGAGCAGAAGGCGUCAAUCGAAUCAUCAAUUGAUCAGGGUCCUUAUGUAAACGUCAGAGAAGAUGGAAUGGUGGCUGCAGUCAGUAGCGCGCAUGCAGGAAAUAAAUCAGUUGAACACUUUACGGGGUUGGGGAGUAUUCAAGAUAAAACUGUUUUAGCAACGGAACAAACACAGCAGCAGACGGAAACAAAGUCAGAUGUUGCAGGCAGUGGUGGUGAAGUAUCAGGAGAAUGUUCAAGCCUGCAACGGAUCAAGUGUUUUGAUGUGAUUACUGCAUCAAAAAGAUGGUUGGAUCAUCUUCUAUUCCAAAAAAACGGAAAAUCGGUGUGGUUACUAGUUUACAUUGCCAUAAUUACAAGUUGGCCAAUACUAGGUUCAGCUCUUCGCAUUUUUUCCAGCAAGAAGAAGCUCAGAAAAUUUUCGGCUGCAACUUCGCAUAGAAGGUAGGUAAGAGAUGUAUUUUCUACAUGUUUUAUGUGACAUUAUUCCUCUAAACAUGGCUUUUGCUUGUAGUAAUUGUGAACUAAAAUCUCUAUUAAUUUGAUCGUAAUUAGUUAUCAUGAAAA